CCGGCACCGGGAGCGCGCGGCGGUGACGUCACGCCCAUGACGUCACACGGGGCGGGCGCUCGGGGGGGUGCGCGGGCGCCCCCUGGCGGCGCGGGGCGCGCGCGGUCCCGGCGGUCACAUGACCGGGCGGGCGGAAGAUGGCGGAGCCGCCGGGCGCCGCGGCCGAGGACUCGUGGGGGAAGGUGGGGCCGGGAUCGGGUCGGGCCGGGCCGCCGGGUGCCGCGGGGGCGCAGGGCGCCGCGCCGGCACGGGGCUCGUGGCGACCGGGCAGGGUGGACGCGGCCUACGGCGACAAUGGCCUGGACUCCGCACUCUUCAUGGAAAAUGCCCGCAAAAGCAGCAUAGUGUCCCGGGCCAACAGCAUCGGCUCCACCAGUGCCUCCUCUGUCCCCAACACAGAUGAUGAGGACAGUGACUACCACCAGGAGUCCUUCAAGGAGUCGUACAAGGACCAGCGCCGCCGGGCGCACACCCAGGCUGAGCAGAAGCGCCGGGAUGCCAUCAAGAAAGGCUACAACGACUUGCAGGCCAUCGUCCCCACGUGUGAGCAGCAGGAUUUCUCCAUCAGCUCACAGAAGCUGAGCAAGGCCAUCGUGCUCCAGAAAACUAUCGACUACAUCCAGUUCCUGCACAAGGAAAAGAAAAAGCAGGAGGAGGAAGUUUCUACCCUCAGGAAAGAUGUGAUGGCCUUGAAGAUCAUGAAAGUGAACUAUGAGCAGAUUGUGAAAGCUCAUCAGGACAACCCGAACGAGGGGAAGAACCAGAUCUCUGAUGAGGUGAAGUUCAGUGUUUUCCAAGGCAUCAUGGACUCCCUGUUCCAGUCCUUCAAUGCCUCAGUCUCUGUGACGAGUUUUCAUGAACUCUCAGCGUGUGUCUUCAGCUGGAUUGAGGAGCACUGCAAGCCCCAGACCCUACAGGACAUUGUCAUCGGGGUCCUGCACAAGGUGAAGAGCCAGCUCUACUGAGCCUCCCGUGCCACUUCUGUGCCUGUGGGGACGGGGCACUUCUGCCCAGAGGCCUUGGGUGCCAGGCACCACCCUGGGCCCUCUCCCUUGUGGCUGUUUUUAAGGUUCUCUGAAUUAUUUAUUAUAUUCCUUCUGAAGCCCAACGGUGGCUGUGCAAACACUGCUGCUCCACUCAGUGCCACAGAAUCGUUACAGGGAUUGGCCAGGAGGGCAGGGGAAGGUGGUGAGGAGCAGGAGGUGGGGAGCAGAGUCUCUGGCUCAGGCAGUGCCGUGGGGUUGCCUGUGCCACUGACUGUCCUUGCAGAGCUGAUCCCAGAGCAGCUCCAUUCUGUGUCCUCAGGCCUGGGACAGCCCUGCUGUCCCCACGGUGGGGAAAUGUGACAAAUGCAUACUAAAAACGAUGGGUUUCUGGUAUAGCAGUAGAAAUUGCUUUUCCCUGGCCCAUGGGGCUGUCCCCUGCCCCUCUGAAACAGCUGUUUUGAGUCAGCUGUUGCCUUCUGGAGGAGGCUGGCAGUGCUGGCAGCAGGAUGAGCCCAUCAAGAGCUGGGAGCUGUGGCCUGGCAGCACAGGCUAGGGCCCUGAUGAACCCCAAGCGCUGCUGCCAUGGGAAAGAACACAGGAAGUUCUGCAAGUGCUAGAAAGGAAAGUUCUGCAGCUCUAGCAUAGUAUGGCCACGUGCACUGGCUGCUCCUCCUUAGAACUUUUAUACACACACAUGACCAGCCUUGAUUUGAUUAUUAUUGUAAAUUUUGAAAUGGUUCCAAAGCGCUGCCUGUGCCAGCUGUAGAAGCAGCUGCUGUCAGGGACAUGUUUGACCCUGCCCCACACCCAGUUUGGGUCACAGCUCUGCCCAGGUGAGGGUUGGUCACUGUCCAGAGUGAUGGGACGAGGGUGCUGCCAGCAGCAGGGUUUGUUCUCCAUAACCAUGUUUGUGCUCCUGCUCCAAGGACACAUCCAGGGAAUGAUUAUUUUCCAGCACUGAGGAAGGAGUGCUGCCUCCUGCCUUGGGAAGAGGAUGUGGAAUUUUACAGACCUCACACAUGAAAGUGAUGUAUUUUUCUAUUGUGAAAAGUAAUUAAAUAAAUUUCGCUGAAUGUUUUAAUGAUC